AUGGCUUCCUUCCGAGUCCCGCUUCGGGGGACUCUGCAGAGAACCAGCAGAAGGUGGCACAGAGCCGGGCCGGAGGGCGUCUCAGGUUUGGAAACUCCGCCGCCGCCGGCGGACGAGUGCGGCCAAAGGUGGGAGCAGGGGCGGGGGUGGCGCCGCGGGGGGCCGGGCCCCGCGCACCGGGCACAGCCGCCCCAGCAGGCGCCGCCUACCCCGCACGCAGGUGCCUCGGCCGCCGCGCGGCCCGGGACGGCGGGCCGAGCCGGAGCUGCGCGGGGCGCAGGGGCCGCUCGCCACGCGGAGCCGCACUCCUGCCACGGCUCCGCUGGCCGCCCGGGCUCAGGCUGGAAGCCGGGCGGAGAGUUCCAGCCUCGAGCUUCCCGAGGCACGCGCUGGCCAAGCCGCUCUCCCUCACGUCGCGACCAGCCCCUAGCCCUUCCCCUCCCCGGCCCGGCCUCCCCUCAUUACCCUGGCGGCGACCAAAGCCAGCGGCUCUCCUCAGGCGGCCAGCGGUGCGGGUCCCGGGCGCCCGGCCCGCCCAGGGGCAAAGCGAGCGCGCAAGGCCCGCUCCCAGCGCGGGCCGCGGAGCCAGGAGCGCGGCGCGACCCGGACUGGGGCAGCGGGCCUGGAACCCUGCCCCAACCCCCGGCAGCCUGCCGGGACUGCACUAGCCCUACCCCGGCCCCAGGGUCGCGGCCCCGCCUCCAGCCCCAGGGCCAGCAGUGA